AUGAAAGGCCAAGCUUGGUUAAGGUACGUCUUGAUUUUCUUCACGCUGUCUACUCUCUUUAAAACCGUACCUGCCGUUACUCAUUAUUCAGUCCCGGAAGAAAUGGAGGAAGGAUCUGUGGUCGCAAAUUUAGCCGCCGAUUUAGGGCUGGACGUGCACACGUUAAACAAACGGAAAAUCCGCUUGGAUACGAUUGCUACGAAGAAAUAUUUGGAUAUCAAUAAAGAAACUGGAGAGCUGUAUAUUGUACAAAAGAUAGACAGAGAAUAUCUUUGUAAUUCCAAAAUGGCAUGUUUUCUAAAACUAGAUGCAACGAUAGAAAAUCCAGUUAGAAUGUUUAACAUUGAAAUUGAAAUUAUAGAUAUCAAUGACAAUGCUCCACAUUUCAGGAGAGAUACAAUGCACUUGGAUAUAUCCGAAUCAACGCCCGCUGGGGAAAGAUUCUCUCUGAAUAAUGCGCUGGACCCAGAUAUCGGCAGUAAUUCGAUAAAUACUUAUUAUUUAAGUGAAAACGCCCACUUUACAAUUGAAAUACAAACUGGCAGAGAUGGUUCCAAAUUUGCGGACUUGAUUAUGAAAAAAUCUUUAGACAGAGAAGAGCAGUCUAUUCAUAACCUGAUACUCACUGCGGUGGAUGGCGGAGUGCCCGCGCGCUCGGGAACAGCCAGUAUUAUUGUUCGCGUUUUGGAUACAAACGACAACGCCCCGCAGUUCGAUAAGGACAGCUACACCAUAUACUUAAUAGAAAAUUCCCCUAUUGGAAGCCUUGUGGUAAAAUUAAACGCGACAGAUAGAGAUGAGGGCACAAAUUCAGACAUAAUAUACUCAUAUAGUCUUUAUACUUCGGAGAAAACACAGGAGACUUUCAGUUUAAAUCAAAACAAUGGGGAGAUAAGAGUUAAAGAGAUGAUUAAUUAUGAAGAAUUUAAAAUUUAUGAUAUGGAAAUUAUAGCAACAGACAAAGGGACAAAUUCCUUAACAGGGCAGUGUAAGUUAACAAUUGUAAUAACGGAUAUGAAUGACAAUCAUCCAGAAAUUUCCAUAAAAUCAUUUUUAAGCCCCAUUAAAGAAGAUAUAUCUGUAGGCACAGUUAUUGCAGUGGUUAGUGUGAGUGAUAAAGAUUCAGGAGAAAAUGGGGAAAUAGACAUACAUAUUUCAGAUAAAUUACCUUUUAUGCUUAAAGAAUCAACUGACAACUACUUUGAGUUGGUAGUUUCUGAACCAUUAGACCGUGAACAGGUUCCAGAAUAUGACAUCACAUUUACAGUUAGAGACAGGGGCAACCCGCCGUUAUCUGAUAAUGAAACAAUAAAUUUAGAACUUCUUGACAUAAAUGACAAUGUACCCAAGUUUCCACAGACAUUCUACACAAUAGAUGUUAUGGAAAAUAAUACACCAGGAGCUUUAUUAAGUUCAAUAACUGCUAUUGAUCCAGACCUCCAUGAAAAUCAAUAUCUGGUUUAUUUCAUAAUAGAAAAGGAAAUAGUGAACACCUCCAUGUCCAUGCUGUUCUCCAUUAAUCCAGAGAAUGGAAACCUUUAUGCACUAAAGACGUUUGAUUAUGAGAUAGAGAAGGAGUUCCUUUUCCACAUCGAGGCCAGAGACUCUGGUGUUCCUCCACUCAGCAGUAAUGUUACUGUUCACAUUAUUAUUAUGGACCAGAAUGACAACACACCUGUCAUAGUGUCUCCAUGGCGCGCGCACGGCUCAGUGGUGGAGGAGAAAAUACCCAGAUCAACCGAUAAAGGAACUCUGAUAGCCAAAGUUAUUGCCAUUGAUACCGACUCAGUCCACAACUCCAGGAUCACGUACCAGUUUCUCCAAAACACUGACGCUACAUUAUUCAGCUUGGACCAGUACAAUGGAGAGAUCCGGACCAUGAGAAUGUUCAGCUACAGAGACUCACGCCACCAACGGCUGGUGGUGAUCUCCAAGGACAACGGAGAUCCCUCUCUGUCUGCUACAGUCACCAUCAAAUUGUCCACAGUGGAGACCGCACUUAAAACAUACGCUGACAUGACUGAAGUGCCUUUAGAAUAUGACAUCUUCUCAGACUUGAACCUGUAUCUUGUGAUCGGACUGGGCUCGGUGUCAUUCUUGUUACUAAUCACUAUAUUGGUCACCAUCGUACUGAAGUGUCAGAAACCAAAGCCCAGUAAAGCGGCUCCUCCGUGUAGGAACAGUGUGAUCAGUGAGAGGAACUCUACCAUCGCAGAUUCCACCCUGGUCUCCAAUGAUGCCUACUGGUACAGCUUGUUUCUAGCGGAGACCAGGAAAGGAAAGCUAGUAGUUAGACAGCCAGUGCCAAAGGGGGCGCGAUACAUCGUGUCCAGUAUACCGAGGAGCACGGGACUGACCGAGACUAGUGACUCAGCCGCAUCUACUUUACAGGUAGGAUUCAACGUAUGA